AUGGACGAUCGACCGCGCGCCGGAGCUGCAAAACGGCUGCUGCCAGCUCUCUGUCUUGGCACGACCCACAAGAUAGACGAGGAGGACUGCUCGCCGGGCCAAGAAAGAACUACCAGGCGCGUCAAUUUGCGGGAUGUCCAGGUCCUACUGCGAAAGGAAAAACCCGACGGUAGCCGACAGACACUAUACGCCGACAUUUUGACCCACUGGGUUGUCAAUUACGCGGCGGCGGCGACUAGCGACCAGCUACUGCCCGAAUACGUCGACUGCGAUAAAAUGUUUCAGGACCUCGUCGCCCGUAGCGCAGAGCACGACAAUGCUGAGGUUCCGCCGCAAGUUCUGGCGGCGCAUGUGGAGCCGGCGGCCGGCGGUGAACCUGGGAUGGGCAACGGUUGUAACGAAGCCUCUGACUGCGAGGAUGGCUUAGGCGACGGCAUCGCCUCGGGUCGCGGGAGGGUCAAGUUCAUACGACGGCCGAGGCGAGCCCCUGCGGCCAAGACCAGCGAUGCAGGCAACAAUAUUACGUCCGAGCCAGAGAGGGAAAACCUUGCAACGGCCGGUACGAGCCUUGCAGCUAGCAUUAGCAAUGCAGUCGACGCCACCAUGUGCGAGAGGGCGGGGGAAGAUAGUGCAAUGACUGAGACGAGCCCUGCAGCCAAGGCCAGUAAUAUGAAUAACACUAUCAUGUUCGAGCGGGAGGGUGCAGGCUAUCGCCAGAGCGAUGAUUGCCUGGAUUGCUCCAGAGAUGAACCGCUUGCGACUCAACAGGCCGUGCCCAUCCACGCCAAGGCUGCCCACAUUGAUAUUACGAGGGGUGCCGAGAAUGAAGCCGGCAACAAGGACAACGACGACAGGGACGGGUACCGUCCGGAAGGCGAACAAGAAGACGCGCCGACGGACUCAGGUGACGACUCGGAUGUGCAGUUUCUAUUCGAGCGGCGUUCUACCCUCACGGGGCGCGACGAAGUAGAGUCGGGCUUGGACGAAGAUGGCCAGGGCAGCGAGGCAGACGAUAACGACGCGAUUCCCGACGAGAUGAACCCGCUACGGGAUCUCCGUGCCGUUCUUCAUGUUUCUGACGAUUCGGAGAUUUGGGAGAGGACGUGCAGGUUCUUCUGUCACGACAAACCACACACGGCAUACGACCAGGGCGUCAAGCUGCCCGGAACGACACUGUGCCUUCACCCUCACCAGAUGGAGGCGGUCUACGCGCUGUUGGAGCGGAGCUUUGGCGGUCACUUCAACGGCGGCAUCGUGGCGCUCGACACUGGGCUGGGGAAAACCAUCGUCAGCCUGGCUGCGGUCGCCGUCAUAAGGCCGCUGAAACUCAACUACUACGAGGUUAGACAGGAGUGGGGCGCCACUGCGACCGACAACGCGGGAGUCGCUACGCAUCGCCGGCAUAAUCCCCAGGGUGUCACAGGACCCUGUCCUUCGGGCAACCCAUGGAGCAUCGAGUGCUGCUGCGUAGCCGACUCAUUCAGCUUGGACAUCUCCCGGCAGCUGGGACCCGGUCCGUCGCUCGUUUUCACGCCGUCUAGCGUUGCCGGCCAGUUCGCCCGGGAGGCCAAGCGGUAUUUGGAGCAGGAGGUAGAGCGGCCCGGAUCGGACAACGGCCACCAUAGCCGUCAACGGUUUUCGUUCGUAGACACUGUCGACCUGAGCACAGGCUCCACCCUUUCACGAGACAUCCAAAGCGACAUCUUGACGCAUUUCCUGGGUGCACGACCCGUCUACGCUCUACCCAAGAAGGGCCACCAGGGGGCAUCGCCUGUGCUUGUCCCGGGUUCGGGUUCCGACAUGGGGUAUACAGCAAACCAAGCGCAGCGGCUUUUUCUCAGGCACCGGCUCGUGGUCGUAGGUAGCAGCCCGGCAUCGCUCUCGUCAAAGGGCGGUAGCCGCAACUGCUUUGCCCGGGCCUACGACUUGGCGCAGCAGCAGAGAAAGUCGCUACGGCUGUACCUUGCCUCAUGGGCGGUGGCCCCUAGGUUCGUCGUCCUAGACGAGUUCCACCUUGUUAAGCGUACCUCGACUGUCGUCUACCAGACACUGCAGCAGCUCCGGAGCCAAGUCGGCCCGUCUAACCGCUUCAAACUGGCGGUACUAAGUGCCACGCCGAUCUCUGUAUCGCUACAGCAAAGUCUCAAAGAGGUACUGUCGCUCAUCGUACCGCCCGACGACUUGACCGCGUCCUGUACCGCCGCGCAGACGAUUGACGCUGCUACGAAGACCGGCCUACCGAGAGACAUGGACAGAUACCAGGAGGCCAUGAAUACGUGCUCCGACUUACUCGGGCGAGUCAUGACGCUCCGCACGACAACCGACCUUUUCCACGGUCAGGUGCUGCUGCCGCUCCCGCCACUCCACCACGAACGGAUCCCCUGCAGAUCUUCUAGGGCGCAGCAGGAGGACUUCCUGCGCAAGAUGGGCUUGCUAACGACCGCAUGGAGCCAGGAGGCCCGCGCCAAGUUUGAGAAACAAACGCCCGCGAUUAACGCUGCGAUGCGGGAUCGCUUCUUUCAGUAUCGUCGACCUGCCCGACGAUAUCUCGUCGGACCCAGCCGCAUGGCUGAACAGCAACACGAUAAAGGUGCCAUCACUACGAAGGAGGGCCGCGCCAACCACGUUGUCGGCCAAUACAUCGACGUCAUCACGCGCGGCAGCGGAAAGAUGGAGCAGCCUCUCCAUGACGUGGAUAUGGGCGAUACGGGAAUUGCCGGCCAAGCGCCACUGAAGAAGCACGCCUGCGUCUUCGCCUCGCGUCCGGGAGUCGCACUCAUCAUCGCCGCGUACGCGGAGAAGCACUGGUCGAGCGAGUGGGAGGUUGUCAUGGUGCUCUCGGCAGCUACCGCGGACGGGAAGAAGGCCAUCGAGGGUGCUUUCCGAGACAUUCCGAUCGACUGCCCGGCAAAGCCCACGCUCUUCAUUGCCACUGUCGGCACCUGCGGCACCGGUCUCGAUAGCCUCAAGAAGGCGAACCACGCCAUCCUCUUCGACCUGCCGUUCGUCGAGUCCGAUUCGAAGCAGGCCUGUGGCCGCGUCUGGAGACCCGGCCAGCGGUUUCCUUGCUACUGGACCGAGCUCUGGGCAGAAGAUAGUGAGGCUGAGACUCUGAUCAACGAGCGCCACGAGAAGCGUACGGACGCUUUUCGGCGCAUUCUGGGUCACCGAGUUGGCAACAGCAGUAAGGCAGACGGUGGCGGCCAGUGA